AUGAAUUCGUAAGAAUAGGAAUUCUUUCAUACUCUCAAAUAAUGUUAAAAAAUGCAUUGGAUCUAAUCUAAAUAAAUGUCUAAUGUAAAAAUAUUUUAUACAGGAACUAAUGCUUUCUAUUAAAGAGGAGAUAUUAUUUUUGAUAAUUUAUUUCCUCUUAAUUCAUAAUUAGAUGAAAGAGUCUAAUAUUUUAGAAUCGAUAAACAAUAGUUAUCUGAUGGAAGUUUUAUUGAAAGAUGCAAAUUCAAAAAUUAAAUAUAUUCUCUUAAAUAUAGAUAUCAUUUUUUCAAAAUUAACGAAUCAAGUUAGGGAAUUCAUAGAAAAUAUGAAUAAGAUCCAAUAAUGCUUUAAUAACUAGUGUAUUGUAAAGUUGAAAAAUCAAGAACAAUCUUAACUAUCAUCUAACAUUUAAAGUCAUAACCAAAUUAUGCAUUUUUCAAGUUUUUACGAGAAUGCAUUAUUAAUUAUUCAAGUUUUUAAAAUGCAGAAUUAUUUGAAAAAUAAUCAAUUUUAUCAGAGCUACGUUUAUGUGAAGAGGAAGAAGAAUUAAAUAAUUAUGUAUGCAAUUAUAACGAUACAUGUGAUUUUUAGCCUAAAGAAACAGAUGAAAAAUAUAUCACAGAUCAUUAUCGGUAUUAUAUAGUUAAUGUUAAUGAUAGAAUAACAUAAUUAGAUUAAGAAGAUCAGGAUAUUUAUUAUAAAUUAUUUAAAAAAGUAUGUGAAUACAAAUUCUCUAGUAAUACUUUGAUAAGAUGGUUAAUUGCAAGAGGGUGUAAUUAUAACAUUUUGUAAUUUUAGAUUUGAUAUUGAUGCUUCAUAUGCAGCUAUAAUGAAUUGGAUAGUAUGAUAUAUUUAUUAAUUUCAGGAAUGGAGAAGACAAUAUAGAAUUAAUCGUUUAUCAGCAAAAUAAUUUCCAGAGUUUAAUGGAAUAUUAGAAAUUGUUGGAGAAAGUAAAUGUGGAAGAUAGGUUGUUUAUACUAAAUAAUCUAAAUUGCAGCCUGAUAAAAUGUAAUGAUUUAAUUUCAAUAAUAGAGAUCUUGAGAGAUAUAAGUGGUAUUUUAUUGGUUUUCUUGAGGAUGUCUGUCGUUCUUGUAAAGGUUUUGUAGAUUCUUAUAUAACAAUUUUGGAUGUAGAGGGAUUUGGUUUUUCUAAUUUCGAUCUCUAAAUGACUAAAAGUCUUCUUAAUAUGGUAUUACAAUUUUUUCCAGAGAGAUAAAAUAAAGUUUUCAUUAUUAAUAUGUCUGGCUUUGUAAUGGGAUUUUAUAAAAUGUUAAAGCCUUUCUUGCCUACAAGAACUAAUGAUAAAGUAUAUUUUAAAUUAAUUUUAGCUCAUAUUUUUGGGAAAAGAUAAAUAAGAAAUUUAAAAGACCUUAAUUGAACAUCUUGGAUUUAGUAUAAAUUUUGAAUGA